CCGACUAUUUAUAUCACGGCAAGCCGCGCCGUAAGCUGUACUAUCUUGCCGGGGUUUCUCCACCUGUGGCGUGGAGGUCUACUUCUUGGCCUACUCUGUGAACUACAGCUUUCCAUUCAUGGUUUCUAGAUCUUGUUUGGAUAUCAUGAGAAGAGGAACCAGCUUUUAUCCCAGAGUCAUGUCUUCUCUCUGUGGAAUUGCUCUAUAUAUUUGGCUGGGAAGGAGAUAUAUGUGCUUCAUCCUAUGGAUACAUCGGAGAGCCAAUAUCAUAGCAAUAUACAUACAAGCACUCCACGACAACCCGCGUUUCAAGCAUAAGAGGGGUGCUCACCUCAAGCGGAGAAGAUAUACCCUUUGCCCAGGCCAGGAAUUGGAGAUUCAUGAGAAGGAUGAGGAGGCAGGCUUGCGCCCAGACUGUAUCUCCAAUUACCAUCAUAGCUUCUUGCAUGAAGUAUCCGUACUGCCACCAAUCCGCUAUAUCCCUGGGAAUAUCUUCCCGCAUCCCCGGUUGUUUCUCCGCAUCAGCUUUGCUUAGAUUGUGCUAUAGCAGUUGUGCCAAGGUACUAGGCUGGGAAUAUCCCCCGGGGAUCCGGCGUGCAGGGGUGGCGAUCUGGGUCCAAAUGGGUAUUGUCUGGCUAGCCCUCGACGCUUUGAUCUGGAUACCUCCGCCCUGUUUUGUCUUCCCCGCGUGCGGGGUGAGUAUUAUUGUGCGUAACAUAGGAAUAUUAUUGACUCCCUGGUAGGGAUCAAGCAGAAAGAGGAACUAGGAUCGAGGUGUGGGUGGAGAGAGAGUAUUGAU